AUGGUGGGCGUUAUGGUGAAGAGGUGUUUCUCUCCUGUUCUUCUCAACAAAAGACUGUCAGUACCAGACCUGAAGGCUCAGUGUGGGUAUCACAAGAAGGUAAAGAGGUUCGAUAUUGUAUGGAAGUGUGGUGACCAUUAUGAGAACCCAAGGAAUGUUGGAUCUUUGGACAAAAAUGCUAAAAAUGUGGGCACAGGGCUGGUGGGCGCACCUGUGUGUGGAGAUGUAAUGAAACUCCAAAUUCAGGUGGAUGAAGCCAGGAAAGUUGUGGAAGCCAGGUUCAAGACGUUUGGCUGUGGCUCGGCCAUCGCAUCCAGUUCUUUGGCCACAGAGUGGGUAAAGGGUAAAUCUAUUGAUGAAGCCUCAAAGAUGAGGAACACUGAAAUCGCUUCUCCAGUGAAAUUUCACUGCUCAGUGUUGGCUGAGGAUACCAUUAAGGCACCUUUAGCUAAUUAUCAUCUGAAGCAAGUGGAGGUGGGUGAUAAGGCCAUGAUAGCCAGCAACUAG